CAUUGAUUGAAGAUGACAAUAUUUCAUGGGGAUGGAUUAUCCUUGGACUCUUAAUUUUGUUCUGCUGCAUCGCUACGCUCAUUGUGAUUUUACUACGGAAUCAAAGAGUUAUAAGUGUGACGAGAAAAUAUCUUCGAUUUGGUCCUCGGAUGACAACUGCACUCAAUCAUAUAUCGCCACGGGACGAUGAAAUUCCAAUGAUAGAAACGAUGUCACAAACAACAACGACAUCGGCUCCAGCUAUUCAGCUGCUCUUACUGAAAGGAUUGGAAUCAACCGAUGCUGGAUCAGGAUCAGGAUCUGUGCGUGAAAUUGGACAAGGAAGAUUUGGGGAUGUGUGGCUGGGUGCUUGGAAGGGCGACUUGGUAGCGGUGAAGAUUUUCUCUUCACGCGAUGAAGGAGCAUGGUCUCAUGAGGUGGAAACGUUCCAAAUCCACAUGCUUCACCAUCCCAAUAUUUUGCAAUUUUAUGCAAGCGAUAGAAAAGAUACUGGCAGUGUGAUGCAAUUGUGGUUAAUUAACGGAGUAUCGACAGUCAUUGGAUCCUUUUUUUGUCCUAUGAUUAUCUAUCUAGCCUCUACUAUCAGUCUAAUGACACUUGUGCGCAUGAUACGUGGAAUCGCCAACGGUCUCUCCUAUUUGCACACGGAACUGAUGGGAAUACAAAAGAAACCUGCCAUUGCUCAUCGUGAUAUUAAAAGCAAGAAUAUUCUUGUCAAAGCUGACCUUUCGUGUGCACUAGCGGACCUCGGCCUUGCUGUUCGCUACGAGGCCAUGGUCAAUAGUCUUCCGAAUAGCAACAAAUGUGGUACAGUGGUGAGUUUUCGUAAAACGUCGUCACUGCUGUUUUCCUUUCAGCUCUUAAGCCGCUUCAUUCCUGCAAAUGUGCAAAAUUUGUGA